UGAAUAGAUAAUAUACAAGUUGAAAGCAACCCGAGUCGCGCUCUUUAGUAGUCGUGCUGCUUUCACGAGCACACUCGAAGCUGUUGCUCUUGCUGUUACCGUUACCACCGCUGUAUCUACUACUUUCACGCUAAGUUCACGCAUUCAACUAACAUAGUCGAUAAGUUUUUAGCAAUUAAAAUAGGGAAAUAUGGCCCUUAACAAGUUGGCCCUGAACUGCGUCCUCGGAUCGGAGGUUCGCGUUUUGUACAAUGCAUUAUCGAAGAGGACACAUUUCGUCUAUCAGCCGGACAAGAAAGCUCCAGUCGAUGGUGAGAAGACGAAGAUGAACAUGUUUCAAGCGAUCAACAGCGCUCUUGAUACAGCGAUGAAAACCGACAAUACUGCGAUGAUCUUCGGUGAAGAUGUCGCGUUCGGUGGUGUCUUCAGGUGCACCAUUGGACUGCAGCAGAAGUACGGCAAGGAGAGGGUUUUCAACACGCCACUCUGCGAGCAGGGAAUCGCAGGAUUCGCAAUUGGUGCAGCAAAUGUAGGCGCCACGGCCAUCGCCGAAAUCCAAUUCGCCGAUUACAUCUUCCCAGCAUUCGAUCAGUUGGUGAACGAGGCCGCUAAGUGCAGAUACAGGAGCGGUGACCAAUUCAAUUGCGGCAGUCUGACGGUGAGGGCUCCAUGCGGGGCCGUCGGUCACGGCGCCCUCUACCACUCCCAGAGUCCCGAGGCUUACUUCUCGCAUACCCCAGGACUCAAGAUAGUCGUCCCAAGAGGACCCAUCAAAGCCAAAGGUUUGCUUCUGGCGUGCGUCAGGGAGCCGGAUCCUUGCAUCAUGCUCGAACCGAAGACUUUGUACAGAGGAGCCGUCGAGGAGGUACCAGACGCUGAUUUCGUCUCGCAAAUUGGAAAGGCCGACAUCUUGCGCAAAGGUGAUAAUUUGACUCUGAUCGGUUGGGGAACCCAAGUGCAUGUGCUGCUCGAGGUUGCCGAGAUGGCGAAGGAGCAGUUUGGCGUUUCCUGCGAGGUGAUCGAUCUGGUCUCGAUUCUACCCUGGGACAAAGAGACCGUCUGCGAGUCGGCGAGGAGGACAGGGCGUGUUUUAAUAGCGCACGAAGCCCCGUUGACAUCGGGUUUCGGUGCUGAACUCGCGGCGACGAUUCAGAAGGAAUGUUUCCUCAAGUUGGAAGCUCCCGUAUCUAGGGUGACCGGUUUCGAUACGCCAUUCCCGCACAUCUUCGAACCUUUCUACCUUCCGGACAAGUGGAGGUGUCUGCAGGGCAUCAAGGAUCUCAUCGACUACUGAGCAAAAGAAAAGGUCGACCUGUAAAUAAAUAGCUUGAAACGAA